AUGACAUCGCCCGCUAAUACUUCAAUAUUAAUGGGAUUCCUACAAUUGGUGUCAAUGGAAAAUGAAAUAAGUCUGACUUUGGGUGAAAUAUUAGAAACUGUCAAAGAGCAGCGAAAUUUUCACACACUAAUCUAUGCCCAGCAUGAAGAACAGGCGUGUAAUUCGGGUUCAGGAAUUUAUAAUGUGGACAAGGUUACACAGGUGUUAAACACCCCCGUAUUUCAGUUAAAAGGAAAUACCAUCUAUUAUUUAUGGCCAAAUUUCAAUCGAGAACUUAUGGCCAUUGUGCCGAUUUGUGGUCAGGAAAAUGCGGAUAAAGAACGGCUAACAACAUUGUGGAAAACGUUAAGACGGGUUGUAAAGUCACGAUUAUUGCUUUUGUGCCGCAAUAAUGAAACGGAAAACUAUAUUUGGAAUAUAAUGGAGUUUUGCAAAGAUAAUAAAGCCGUUAAUAUGAUGGCCAUUAAAGAGAAUUUUUUGGAAUCCCGAGAAUUUUAUACCCCACAAAUAUAUCCAAAUUUUCGGGUGCACAACAAGAAAAUCCUGUCAUCGAAGGAAACAAUUUAUUAUCCAGAUCAGGUGGACAACAUGCAUGGUUAUCCAAUUCGUUUGGGAAUCAACAAGGACAGUACCAGAGCCUAUGUCAUGAAGGAAACCAACAAUCGAUAUAUUUUAAGUGGACAUGUUGGGUCGUUCUUUGAAGUCUUUACGAAAAUUCACAAUGCAUCGGUGGAACUACCCCACUACAGAAAUUCCACUGAAGCAAAUCAUUUCGUGUUAGAAGAUUUAGUUAAUAAUGGCACCUACGAUAUGUCCAUGGAAUUGACUUUUAAUUUGUAUAUCAACGAUAUGGUCUAUAGUGACACCUACGACUAUAUGGAUUGGUGUAUUAUGGUGCCAAUGGAAAAUCCAGUGCCUGCAUAUCUAUUCUAUAUAAAAGUUUUUGAUGGUGUUUCAAUUGGGGUCAUUUUCUGCAUGGUCUUUGUUUUGACAUUUCUUGUGGCCUUGACAUACUGGCUAGAGGAUGUUGCCGUCUAUUGGCUGGAUAUGUGGUUCAAUAUUUACAUUUUUAAUGGUAUUUUGGGUCAUCCAUUCAAAAUGGAAACGAACUUUAAAGGUGUUCGGAGUUUCCUGUACUUACUCACCUGUUUCGGAGGCAUCAUUAUAAAUUCCAGUUUUGCCACGUAUCUUCAGACAUUCAAAGCUCAUCCACCCACCGAGAAACCGAUAACAACUAUCGAUGACAUACGCAGCUCGAAACUGAAAUUGGCUGUUUAUGCGGAAGAAUUCGGCCUACUACUCAAAUACAAUAAUGACACCGGGUAUGAGGAUAUAGCUUAUAGGAUAUCCUCAUACAACGAUUAUUACAAGUUACGUGAUAGCUUUGACACUCGUUAUGUGUAUCCAGUUCCGUCGGCUCAAUGGUCUCAAUAUGAACAGCAACAGAAAUUCUUUGCGAAACCAAAAUUUCGUCUUUCCGAUAUGUGUUUCGUUGAACGUCUUGGACUUAUGAUACCAAUGCAAGCCAAUUCGCCUUUCGAAGAAUCCAUUAACUUCAUGGUUGGUAUUAUCAAUCAAGCUGGCCUCAUCAAAUAUUGGAAGAGUAUGGAAUUUUUGGAAUCUCUUCAGAGGAAACGUUUACAGUUAUUUGAUUCCAGCACCGUUAAAACUUUUGAAGUGAUGAAAUUUGAAGAUAUCAAACUUUUGGGUUAUUUAUAUGCCAUAUUAAUAGGCUCGUCGUGUCUGUGUUUCAUUAUAGAAAUUCUCUUUAUCAGCCACCUAAGAGCUGCCUGUAAGCAACUUGAGGACCUUAUUCCUUCUUUUCAUCUUAUCGCAAAUAGCGGUGGCUUGCGCGGAAGACUUAAAUAA